AUGACGCGAUGCAGCUCCGUGGCGAUUGAUACAAGCGCGAACUCCGACGGCAGCAGUGGGGUCUGCGUUUUGACGAUGGCGCGAGGAAGAAGAGGGUGUGGUGGCUUCGUGCUCGUGGAUGCAGUCCGCGGCCGCUAUAAUAUGUGGCGUGCACGAGCUAUGGCUAACAGGAGGAGGAGGAACACCGCUGGAGCUGAUGACAUAGCUCAGGCGAUCCAUCGUAUGGUGGACGCGAUACAGCACAUAGUGGCGCCACCCAAGGCUGUAGUGGCACCUACUCGGCCAGUAGCUAUGGAGGAUUUCAUGAAACACCGGCCGGCCAAGUUCUCUGGCAAGGCCACUCCUGACGAGGCAGAUGCUUGGAUGCGGGAGUGUGAGAAGAUCUGUAGAGUGCUGGGAUGCACAGAUGAGCAGAGGCUGUUGUUUGUCACGUUUCUUCUAGUGGCAGACGCAGAGUAUUGGUGGCAGGGGAUGCAGCAGUUGAUGCAGACCCGUGGGGAGCAGGUGACGUGGACUGUCUUCAGGACGAGGUUCCUGGAGAAGUACUUUCCCGACAGUGCGAGGCACGAAAGGGAGGCAGAGUUCCUUACUCUUCAGCAGGGGACUAUGACCGUGGCGGCUUAUAUAGAGAGGUUUGAAUACCUGGCGCGUUUCUACACUGUAGAGGUUACUGAGGAGUGGAGGUGUAGGAGGUUCGAGGGCGGAUUAAAACAUGAGAUACGCCGCUUCAUUGUGCCACUUCGGAUUAGAGAGUUUCCAGUUUUGGUCGAGCAGGCCAAAACUGUGGAGCAGUUGGAGACUGGGUCGAGUAGUGGGGGGAAACAGCAGAGGACUACCUCAGAUGUCAGACCUCAGAGGAAACCUUAUAGCAGACCGCCGACUACCUGGGGAAGAUUACGGUGUUUUAACUGUGGCGGGGAACACUUGAGGAGGGAUUGUACUAAGCCUGCCAGCAGUACAGGUGGAGGCAGUAGUACUGGGAGGUGCUACGCAUGCCAGCAGACAGGGCACUUUGCACGUCAGUGUCCUAACAGAAGACAAGCUGGUGGUGCGCCAGCUACGAGACCAGUAGGAGACCGACCAAGAGCACCGGGGCGUGUGUUCGCUUUGACGACCACAGAGGCGAAACAGUCAGGUAAUCUUUUGCAGUUUCUAUGUUUGUUGUGUGACCACGAGGUAUUGGUGUUGUUCGACUCAGGAGCCACUCAUUCGUUUGUGUCUAAUGAAUGUGUGAGGAGGCUCGGGCUCACGAUGCGAGAGCUGGGGUGCGAGCUUUUAGUGGCGACGCCAGCGUCUGGAGAGGUAUCCACCACUUCUAUGUGCGUGGGGUGUCCUAUGGAGGUGGCAGGCCGUAGGUUCAGGUUGAACCUCAUUUGUUUGCCGAUGGAGGGUCUAGACGUGAUUCUGGGAAUGGAUUGGUUGUCGAGUAACCAUGUCGUCAUUGAUUGCGGGCAACGUCAGAUAGUGUUUCCUGAGACGGUGGGGCUAGAACUGAUCUCGUCUAAUCAGGCGGCGAGAGAGAUUGAGGCUGGAGCUACCUGUUACAUGAUUGUGGCUCAGGCAGAGAAGAUGAGCACGGUCGAGCAGAUUAGCAGGAUCCCGGUAGUGGAUGAAUAUGCAGAUGUAUUUCCGGAUGAGAUUCCAGAACUACCGCCUAGCAGGGAUGUAGAUUUCUCCAUUGAUCUCAUCCCUGGCGCUGGGCCAGUUUCUAUGGCACCGUACAGAAUGGCGCCUGCUGAGUUAGCUGAGCUAAAGAAACAGAUUGAGGAUCUGCUUGAGAAGAAGAUUGAUGAUCUGUUGGAUCAGUUGAGGGGAGCUGCGGUGUUCUCAAAAAUAGACCUGAGAUCUGGGUAUCAUCAGAUCCUUGUCAGGCCGGAGGAUGUCCAGAAGACAGCUUUUCGAUCACGGUAUGGUCACUACGAGUAUGUAGUGAUGCCUUUUGGGGUGACCAAUGCGCCGGCUAUAUUCAUGGAUUACAUGAAUAGGAUUUUCAGGCCAUAUUUAGAUCAGUUUGUAGUAGUGUUUAUCGAUGACAUUCUGAUCUACUCCGAGAGCAGAGAAGAACACGCAGAGCAUCUGAGAGUAGUAUUGGGGAUUCUCAGAGAGCACCAGUUGUAUGGGAAGUUGUCGAAAUGUGAAUUCUGGUUGGAAGAGGUACAAUUCCUGGGCCAUGUGAUCUCAGCCCAAGGAAUAGCCGUUGAUCCGGCGAAGAUAGAGACUGUGGUGAAGUGGGAGAGGCCCCAAACAGUUUCAGAGGUGCGGAGUUUUCUGGGUUUGGCAGGGUAUUAUCGACGGUUUGUGGAGGGUUUCUCCAAGAUGGUGAGUCCUCUUACACAGCUUACGAGAAAGGACCAGCCUUUCUCGUGGACAGAUGAGUGUGAAGCUUGCUUCGAGGAUAUGAAGAGGAGACUGACCACCGCACCGAUAUUGGCAAUCCCUGACACGACUAAAACAUUUGAUGUGUAUUGUGAUGCCUCGUAUCAGGGGUUAGGCUGUGUGCUGAUGCAGGAUAAACGACCUGUAGCUUAUGCAUCGAGACAGUUGAAGGUGCAUGAGAAGAAUUACCCGACACACGACUUGGAGUUAGCGGCAGUCGUGUUUGCCCUCAAGACAUGGAGGCAUUACCUGUAUGGAGCGCAGUUCCAGGUAUUCAGCGAUCAUAAAAGCUUGAAAUACUUGUUUGAUCAGAAAGAGCUGAAUAUGAGACAAAGGCGUUGGAUGAAGAAGAGAAUUCAUGUAUCAGCUAUGAUGAUUAGGGAGUUGGAGCUGAUAGAACAGUUGAGGGACAUGAAUCUGGGGUUGGAUAUGGGGCCUGGACAGAUACGAUGCAGCAUGCUGAGGAUCACGAAUGAGUUCCUAGAUGAGCUUCGGGUGGAACAGGGGAAGGAUCAGGAACUGCAGAUGAUAAUUGGAGAGUUGGGCACUGAGAAGAGGAAGGAUUUCCGAAUGGGCAGCGACGGGAUCCUACGGUUCAGGGAGAGAGUGUGUGUUCCAAACAGCAGGACGGAUGUGGCUGAUUACGUCGCUUCUUGCUUGGUAUGUCAGAAAGCGAAGAUAGAACACCAGCGACCGGGUGGUAUGUUAGAACCUCUGGAUAUUCCACAGUGGAAAUGGGACAGCAUUUCCAUGGAUUUCAUCACUCACCUGCCGAGAUCAGUGAAAGGACACGACUCAAUCUGGGUGAUAGUAGACAGGUUGACGAAGUGUGCUCAUUUUCUGCCGAUUAACCAGAAGAUGAAUAUGGAUAGGCUGGCGGAUUUGUAUGUGCGAGAGAUUGUUAGAUUACAUGGAGUGCCAGCGAGUAUUGUGUCAGAUAGAGAUCCGAGGUUCACAUCGAGGUUCUGGCAGUCGCUGCAGAAUGCUUUGGGUACUCAGCUCAGGAUGAGCUCCGCCUAUCAUCCUCAGACAGAUGGACAGUCUGAGCGGACUAUACAGUCGUUGGAGGACCUGUUGAGGACCUGUGUUUUAGACCAUCUGGGUACAUGGAGUGAUGUGUUACCAUUGGUAGAAUUCACGUAUAAUAACAGUUACCAUACCAGUAUUGGAAUGGCUCCCUACGAGGCCCUGUAUGGUAGGAGAUGUAGGACGCCAUUGUGUUGGCAACAAGAUGGUGAGGCAGUGGUUCUUGGGCCAGAGUUCUUACAGCAGACCACCGAGAAGGUGAGGGUGAUUCAGGAUCGGAUGCGCGCGACUCAGAGCAGGCAGAAGUCGUACGCGGACAAGAGGAGGAGGCCGCUUGAGUUUGAGGCAGGGGACCACGUAUUUCUUAGAGUUACCCCUACUGCAGGUAUUGGCAGGGCACUUAAAUCGAGGAAGCUGACACCUCGAUUCAUCGGACCAUAUCAGAUCAUGAGGAGGAUUGGUCCUGCAGCGUACGAGAUGGCAUUGCCACCACACUUGGGAAACUUACAUAAUGUUUUCCAUGUGGCACAGUUGAGAAAAUAUGUAGCCGAUCCCACACAUAUUCUGGAGGAUGACGAUGUGCAGAUACGGGAGGACUUAACCAUUGGAGCCGGACCAGUGAGAAUCUUGGAUUCUCAAACGAAACAGCUCAGAGGGAAGGAAAUCAAAACCGUGAAAGUCCUAUGGGAUGAGGCAACUCAAGAAAUGACAUGGGAGAUGGACGAUGUCAUGAGGCGGUCCUAUCCUCAUCUCUUCACUGGAUUUGUAUAUUCCAUUUUUAAAGAUUGUGAUUCUGGGAAAUUUCCAGAAUUAGUCUGUCCGCGGCCGGUGAGUGCAGUUCGGCGUGGUGGUGACUGCAGGACGCGUGGAGAAGGCGAUGCAAUCGUGGUCUACCGGUGCAGCAGCGGUGACGGGGUUUUUCGGGGUGAGCGCAUCGUGGUGGCUGCGCUCCGGCGUGAGCAGCGGUGGCAGGACUGGUUCAUGGCGGCCAUGAGGGAUGCUGGCGGCGAGAGAGUGGUGGAGAGGGAGAAGGAGAUUAGGUCUGAGAUAGUGGUGAGUAUGGAUUAG